AUGUCUCGUCUGCGCCAGGCCCUGCAGCGCGUGCUUGGUGUGGCUCCAGCUCCAGGUGCCUUGCGCUCUCGGACCAUUGACACCAAUUUCUCCAUCAUAAAAGCUCUUCCUAGCAGCGGGCUAACAAAAUGCGCAGAGGGAGACCGAGUCAUUUUACACGGCAAACAGCCCUCAUUGUCGAAAUCAUUGAAGCGAGGUGAAAAACUCCAGACUCCUCGUGGGGCAGUGGAACAUGAUAGCAUCAUUGGGAAACGGGUCUGGGACACGGUGCAGUCUCGCAAAGGCCUGAGUCUCCGAGUCAGCCUCCCCACAUUAGAAGAAUACGUCGCCCUGACCCCUCGGUUGGUCACGCCGAUUUAUCCACAAGAUGCCAAUCUAAUUGCUUCCCUUCUUGACAUUCACGUCAACACUCCUGCCGCGGGCGAAAUACAACCCACUAUGGAAAUCCUCGAGUCCGGAACAGGCCAUGGAUCCUUGACACUACACCUGGCGCGUGCCAUUCACGCCGCCAAUACCACACCCCCGCCUCGUCCAUUGCGAUCCCAGAUCAAAUACCUAGAAGGCCGCGUUAUCAGGCCAAGUGAGAAGGACACAGAACAAACAGAAGAGAAACCCGCCGAGCCAAUUGCGGAUCCAGCACAGGAGGAAUGGGAUGCGUGGCGAGCGCAGCGCAACGCCAUCAUUCACACAGUCGACGUAUCGCCGAAGUUCUCUGUGCUGGCCGAGAAAAACGUCCGAGGGUUCCGCCGUGGAAUCUACGCAGGCAAUGUUGACUUCUAUGUGGGCCCCGUCGAAAACUGGAUUGCCCAGCAGAAGCAGCAGCGGAAAAAGACCGGCCUAGCUUCACUGACCGGGGGAAAUCCUGUUGAACCGUUCCUUUCGCACGUUAUUCUGGACAUGCCUUCCUCGAAUUUGAGGAUUCCGCAUGUUACCCCGAUGUUGAAGCGUGAUGGCCUCCUGGUGGUGUUCAUGCCUAGUAUCACACAGAUUGGCGAGUGUCUGCAACUGAUCCGGGACCAGCGACUGCCCCUCGUUCAGGAGAAGGUGAUCGAACUUGGCUCUGGAAUCAGCGGUGGUCGCACAUGGGAUGUACGUUUUGCGACUAAGAAGUCCGGCGCCGACCCAGCAUCCUGGGCUGCCCCUUCAGACACUGAAAGUGUCACUCCUGCUGAGGUCGACGAGCAGUCUGCCGCCUCUGAUACUGCCUCUGAGGUGUCCACCACAGAGGAGCCUCCCAAGGAAGGGGAGUCUGUCUUGGUCUGCCGGCCCAAGGUCGGAGUGCGUAUCCAGGGCGGCGGCUUCGUGGCAGUCUGGCGACGGAUCGAAGACCGUUAA